AUGCAACGUUAGAGAGUAUCAUUUACAUAUUCUGCGAUGUAGUGCACAAGAAUAUUGACAGUGCCAAUACCUAUCACUUGAUUCUGUGUCUAAAAUUUUCAGAUCCUGGAAUGUUCUUUCACUGGUGGACAUUAGUAAAAUUAUUUUAGGCUAUAUGUGUUUGAUGGAUUUUUUGGACUUUUUUUGUAACUAUUUGUAAUGCUUAACUAUUUUUAUUACUGAAUGUUGAAGAAAUAUUGUUUUCUGUAAGUAAUAAGACACUAAAUUAUUGGUAGAUUGGAAAAGAAGUUAGAAAGGAUAUUGGUGUACUGUUGAGAUUGCCUGGGGUGAAACCAGUGAAACUAAAAGGUACAGACUCCCCACCAUGACAUACAACGGAGGUAACCGGGAAUAAUUGUUGAGUCAAAUGUUUCUACCUGUUCAACUAGUUGUACAGUCAGUACAGAAUAGAGUGUACCAAUGGCUAUUUGUAUACAGGAUGACCAGGCUGGAUGUUAAUGAUUUAGUAAGGCAGAGUAUAGGCCAAUCUCAAUUUAAUCUUGUAUAAAAAGUUGCGUUUUAAAACACUACUUUGAUUUAGUUGUCAUUGUCCUCAAUUUCAUUUCUAAUGAUACUUACACUGGCCCAUAAGAUCAUGAGUGUAAAAGUAUUUUCAUACUAAUAGUGUUAGCCAUGAAUUCUGGGGUCCUGGAAGAGCGUUUGUCCCUUCUUUUAGAAAAAAAAAAACUGCUACAUUUUAGGUAUAAUUGUGAAAUACAUGAGUUUGAACUUUGCCCUUUCAGCUCCUUUUUAUACUUCCAUCUGUCACUACUAUUUCCUGUUAUUACUACCUUCUGUGAACCCUUUACCCCUAUUAUCCCACUCCCAAUCCAGGUCUUCUAAACAUCAGUUAUUUUAUUAGAGUAUUUAUUGGCCACUUUUCUAGUAGAAACAACUGUUGCCUCACUAAUCAACUCCUGAACUAGGUGUUAAAUGAAAGUAGUGGGACUGUAUUAAUUCAUGCUGAAGUGUGAAUGACCAGCAAUCCAACAAACCUCUCAGAAAUGGUUUUCCGUUGUAUAAGGGGUGUUCUUCCUAGGCUAAGUUUUAAUCUAAGUGAUUCUUUGCUAAUAUUUCAGACAGAUGACCAAGUGAAAUGAACAUCUGAACUUUGUGGGAAAAGCUGUUAUUUUCUUCUUUUGAACAUAAAUGUGCCAUGGUUGGGGAGUACAGGCGAGAGAUGGUGGCCAUUCUCCCAAUCCAUCUGUAGAGGCUUGGACAAACUCUUGGUGGUUAAACUUGCCCUCUGAAAUUAAUGGAGUACCUAGAUCAAGAGUGGCAGAAAGGGGUUUUUCUUGCUUUUCUUUCCCACUGUAGCAAAGUGAGCUUUUUUCCUGGGUGAGCUUUGCAGUAGAGGGGAAGGAGGUCCCACGCUGAAUAGUAGCCUAUGUGGGCUGGUAAACUAUAGCCUCCCUGCUGUACACAGGCCCUAUGGGACUCUCUUAGCCUAGGGGGAGGCUAUUUCACUAGAAAGGUGCUGUUCCUGUUGGGUACAGACACAUUUCUUUGUCAGCAAUGUUUGUCUGGCUCCAAGUCAUCCUUAGCUAAUAUAUGAAAGACUACACUGCCACUAGAAAGGUAGUUUAAAGAUGUUAUUACAUAAAGUAGAAAAGGGAAGAUGGUAAGUUGCAGAAAUAUCUUAUAGGUGCAAGCAAUAAAUUUAAAAUUUCGUAAAGGCAGAAGGGGAGGGAGAUAAACAUUUAUUGAUACCUACUAUAACCUAGACACAUUCACCAUUGCUUUUCAUCUUUUCUCACCAAGGAGAAUUUGUAUAAUCCAACAUAUUCUACCUUAAAAACUCAUUUGAAAUUUGUAUUCUCUUCUAUGAUAUAUUCUUAUUUUAAUAGAAAGUAGUGUGAAAUAUUAAAUUAUAUUGAUGCUUUCAAAAGAUGGAUCAUGCUUAUUGGGUGACUUGAUGUCUGCCCUGGCACAACUGCAUCACAGUCCUCCAGUCCACACUCUUAUUUGAGAAGCAUGAAAACAUUUACCUCACAAUAACCUCAUGAAAGGGAUAUCAUCAUCAUUUUAUAGAUGAGAAAAUUAAGACUCAAAGAGGGAAGGAACUUAAACAGGUCUUACAGGUACUAAAUGGCAGUGUUAAGUUUCUCCCCCCAAACUCUCUCCUCAUAUGCAUUUUGUGAUUCUGUAAAACAGAAAAACUAGUAAUACGGAGUGCUGAUCCAAAAGUUUAAGGUUUCUGCUCCUCUGCUGACUUGCAGGGGAAUCUUUUUAAAGGCCUCUUUUUGAAACAUCGUCUUUCAUUUCCUCAUAUGAAUGUUGAGAAAAGUUUCAACCUUAAUGUUGGGAAAAGGUGCCUACAUAUUUUAAAAAUCAGUUGUUUGAUAUUCUUGAAGACUACUUCUAAAUAAAAGCAGUUAUUAGUAGGAUGACAUAUUUGAGAACUCUCCUCAAAUCUAUGGCUGUCUUCUGUAUAUCUGUACACACCUGACGUUUAAACACAAUGCCUUUGCCACCAUUUACUGGUUUCCUCACUGCACUGAGAACAAACUAUUCAGUAUGUUUACCACCUCCCAGCAAUUCCCUACGUGUGUAACUCAUCUAUAAUGCAUAAGAAUAGCCAAGAGCACAGAUUCUGAUGUCAGAAAAUUUUAGUUUUAAAUCCUGACUCCAAAUUACUAGUGUGACAUUGGAUAAAGUGUUUUAGUUCUCUGUGCCUCAGUUUCCUUAUUUUAAUAAUAUUUAAGGAAAGAAAAGGGUAAUAAUGCUUAUUACUCCAUAGGUUUUUAAAAUAAAUCUUCUGAAUUGUCUAUGAUGAUUAGGCUGUAAUGUUGUCAUGUUAUAAUGCCUUAACAAUUUUGAGUUGUUGACCUACCUUGUAAAUGUACUUUAAAUUAAAUAAACACAGUUUAGUAAGGAUUACAUAUAUGUACGUAUGUAUGUUCAUUAAGUGAAGUUUACUUGAAAAUACUAAGUAAUUCCGCAAUUUACAUGGCCCACCCUUUGACAAUAGAGAUUCUAAGUAACAAACUUCUUCCUACUUGAGAUAGAUUUUCAUUGGGGGAAGGUUACUGCAUAAUAUGUCGCAUUCAGCUAAUCUAUUCUGUUAAUUUGGUAGUAUAAAAAGAUUUGUAGAUAAUGAAUUUCUACACUCUUUAAGACACUUUAUACACUUUGCACUGCUCUUGGGUUUACUGUUGCCAUGUCUUAAAGUGGGACUUUCUCUUGACAGAAGUGUGUUAAGCAUUGGAAAAUUCCCUAUCAGUAGACUAGCACCAUCUUGACAGCCUUGUGUUCUGCUUCUACCUUGCUAAUUGUUUCCUUGGGAUUAUUUGGAUUGUGUAGAAAGCUUUUUGCAAAUCCUCUUAUUACUGAAGUCAUUGUUGCCAGCAGGAAUAAGAUUAAAGGUGCUUAAGUCUGUAGAGUUGUUUCUAAUUUGUACGUGUCAUUUAAGUGGCAUUUUAACAGAACUCUGUCUCCUGUACCUCCCUUCUCCCCCGGUACUAUCUUCAGUUAGGUCCAAGAAGCCAGGCCAUUGGAAGAAGUCUCAUUUUAUCCUCCUAAUUAUUAUGCUGGCACUCAGGAGAUAAUUUUUCCCUUCAUGCACUGCCAAUUAAUAUGCAAAUGGACUGAUAAAUAUUUAUGCAACGAUUUAAAUUAUGCAGGGAGUGCUUUCAGUAUAUUCUGUAAAUGAAUUGUUCAUGGACUUCAAAGUGCUGGCUGCUGUGCUAACGAGAAGAGAUUUGCAUAAGGCCCUAAUCACGCGCAUACUGAUUAAGCUUCAUUAUGGAAACUGCCAGCUGCAAUCUUUGUUUCUAUUUUAUUACAAAAAGAGGAACUUUUUCAUGCUUCAGUUGCCUUGACAAUGUCAGUCCUAGCUGAUAGGAGAGACUAAAACUCCUCUGAGCAACUGAAGUUUCCUUAUUCAGUUGAAGAUUGCUAUGGUGUAACAGAAGUUGUAUUUUGCUUUUCCCCUUAAUCCACUUUCCACCCUACCCACUCCCCACCUUUUUCUCUUAAGAACAUAGUGUAAAUUUGUUAGAAAUAGUAGUACCUUCUUUCCCCACCCCAAAUCGCUACCUGUUUCUUCCUUGUUUGGACUCUCUGCUCCUCUAGAAGAUUUCACAGCAAUGCUGGACUGCAGUGACUAUGUUCUAGACUCAAGAAUGAACAAUCCGUCAGAAACCAGUAAACCAUCUAUGGAGAGUGGAGAUGGCAACACAGGCACACAAACCAAUGGUCUGGACUUUCAGAAGCAGCCUGUGCCUGUAGGAGGAGCAAUCUCAACAGCCCAGGCACAGGCCUUCCUUGGACAUCUCCAUCAGGUCCAACUCGCUGGAACAAGUUUACAGGCUGCUGCUCAGUCUUUAAAUGUACAGUCUAAAUCUAAUGAAGAAUCGGGGGAUUCACAGCAGCCAAGCCAGCCUUCCCAGCAGCCUUCAGUGCAGGCAGCCAUUCCCCAAACCCAGCUUAUGCUAGCUGGAGGACAGAUAACUGGGCUUACUUUGACGCCCGCUCAGCAACAGUUACUACUCCAGCAGGCACAGGCACAGGCACAGCUGCUGGCCGCUGCAGUGCAGCAGCACUCCGCCAGCCAGCAGCAUAGCGCUGCUGGGGCCACCAUCUCCGCCUCUGCUGCCACACCCAUGACACAGAUCCCCCUGUCUCAGCCCAUACAGAUCGCACAGGAUCUUCAACAACUGCAACAGCUUCAACAGCAGAAUCUCAACCUGCAACAGUUUGUGUUGGUGCAUCCAACCACCAAUUUGCAGCCAGCGCAGUUUAUCAUCUCACAGACGCCCCAGGGCCAGCAGGGUCUCCUGCAAGCGCAAAAUCUUUUAACGCAACUACCUCAGCAAAGCCAAGCCAACCUCCUACAGUCGCAGCCAAGCAUCACCCUCACCUCCCAGCCAGCAACCCCAACACGCACAAUAGCAGCAACCCCAAUUCAGACACUUCCACAGAGCCAGUCAACACCAAAGCGAAUUGAUACUCCCAGCUUGGAGGAGCCCAGUGACCUUGAGGAGCUUGAGCAGUUUGCCAAGACCUUCAAACAAAGACGAAUCAAACUUGGAUUCACUCAGGGUGAUGUUGGGCUUGCUAUGGGGAAACUAUAUGGAAAUGAUUUCAGCCAAACUACCAUCUCUCGCUUUGAAGCCUUGAACCUCAGCUUUAAGAACAUGUGCAAGUUGAAGCCACUUUUAGAGAAGUGGCUAAAUGAUGCAGAGAACCUCUCAUCUGAUUCGUCCCUCUCCAGCCCAAGUGCCCUGAAUUCUCCAGGAAUUGAGGGCUUGAGCCGUAGGAGGAAGAAACGCACCAGCAUAGAGACCAACAUCCGUGUGGCCUUAGAGAAGAGUUUCUUGGAGAAUCAAAAGCCUACCUCGGAAGAGAUCACUAUGAUUGCUGAUCAGCUCAACAUGGAAAAAGAGGUGAUUCGUGUUUGGUUCUGUAACCGCCGCCAGAAAGAAAAAAGAAUCAACCCACCAAGCAGUGGUGGGACCAGCAGCUCACCUAUCAAAGCAAUUUUCCCCAGCCCGACUUCACUGGUGGCGACCACACCAAGCCUUGUGACUAGCAGUGCAGCAACUACCCUCACAGUCAGCCCUGUCCUCCCUCUGACCAGUGCUGGCGUGACAAAUCUUUCAGUUACAGGCACUUCAGACACCACCUCCAACAAUACGGCAACCGUGAUUUCCACAGCACCUCCGGCUUCCUCAGCAGUCACAUCCCCCUCUCUGAGUCCCUCCCCUUCUGCCUCAGCCUCCACCUCCGAGGCAUCCAGUGCCAGUGAGACCAGCACAACACAGACCACCUCCACUCCUUUGUCCUCCCCUCUUGGGACCAGCCAGGUGAUGGUGACAGCAUCAGGUUUGCAAACAGCAGCAGCUGCUGCCCUUCAAGGAGCUGCACAGUUGCCAGCAAAUGCUAGUCUUGCUGCCAUGGCAGCUGCUGCAGGACUAAACCCAGGCCUGAUGGCACCCUCACAGUUUGCGGCUGGAGGUGCCUUACUCAGUCUGAAUCCAGGGACCCUGAGCGGUGCUCUCAGCCCAGCUCUAAUGAGCAACAGUACACUGGCAACUAUUCAAGCUCUUGCUUCUGGUGGCUCUCUUCCAAUAACAUCGCUCGAUGCAACUGGGAACCUGGUAUUUGCCAAUGCAGGAGGAGCCCCCAACAUUGUGACUGCCCCUCUGUUCCUGAACCCUCAGAACCUCUCUCUGCUCACCAGCAACCCUGUUAGCUUGGUCUCUGCUGCCGCAGCCUCUGCAGGGAACUCUGCACCUGUAGCCAGCCUUCACGCCACCUCCACCUCCGCUGAGUCCAUCCAGAACUCUCUCUUCACAGUGGCCUCUGCCAGCGGGGCUGCAUCCACCACCACCACCGCCUCCAAGGCACAGUGAGCUGGGCGGGGCUGGGCUGCCAGAAGCCUUUUUCACUCUGCAGUGUGAUUGGACUGCCAGCCAGGUUAAUAAACUGAAAAAUGUGAUUGGCUUCCUCUCACCGUGUUGUGAGGGCAAAGGAGAGAAGGGAGAAAAAUAAAACACAUACCAGAAAAAAAAAGAAAGGAUGGAGAUGGGACAUUUGCCUAAUUUUGUAAUAAAACACUGUCUUUUCAGGAUUGCUUCAUGGAUUGGAGAACUUUCUAACCAAAAAUUAAAAAAAAAAAAAAAAAGAAACAAAAAAUCAAAAACAAACAAAAAUAAGUGAAAGGACUACUUAUCAUUUCCAGCAGUCAUGAUGACAAGUUAAGGUGAGUUACCAAUUCCAGUAUAGGAAGGGGAUUUCUUGUUUGUCUAAAUUUCUUUUUUCUUAAAAAAACAAAAUCAUUUUUAUGGGUCUGUUGUACAGGCCAUUAAGUCAUAACAAGGUGUUUAUAAUCGUAUCAAUUGUGUUGGGGGUUCCUUUCUUAACUGGUACAAUUUAGGCAGGCCUGUAUUACUGUAUCUCUAUUAUUGUUGUUGUUGUUAUUGUUUUAUAUAUAUAUAUAUAUGUGUGUGUGUAUAUAUAUAUAUAUAUAUAGUUUGGACAUGUUUAUUAUCUCUCGCUCCUGGAUCCUAUUUCAGUGAGCUCCCACACUGUGGGGAGGGAGGGUUUUAGGGUAAGGGGAGACUUCUGUUCUUAACUGCGGGGAAUGUUCUUGCUGGUUUCCUUAUCCUUGAUGACUCUUACAGAGGUGCUAGAAAAUUAUUUUCUUUUGCCACUUAUGCAAGAGGCUUGGUGCAGAAGCUGAAGGCAGUGUGUGCAAACACUCCCAUUCCACACACGCCCCUUCCCCUCCCCACAUCAGGUGGUGCCUUUGGAGCACUUUUGUGUAGGAAGGAAUUCCUGCUGAAUUGUAGCUCUCACUCACCCCCAAAUCAUUGAAUGACCCUGAGGCCCAGAUCCUGUGGUGCAACAGUGCUGCUUUCUGCUACUUUCAAUGGGAACAGCUGUACAUGUUGCAGGGCAGGAUUUGGUUCCGAAGAGCAAAGACUACUGCAGACACCUGACUUGGUGGUUCUCCUGAUUUCUUAUCUCCUGAAAAAAUGCUCCUACUGUUGGUGUGUUUGUUUGUUUGUUCCAUUUUGUGGAAGUUUUUCAUCCAAACUUUCUUUAACUUGGCCAAGAAAAAAACUGAUUUAUUGAAAUUGGGAAACUUUUCCCUUCUUUUCCAUCAAUAAUAUAUACAAAAGAGGUGUGAUGAGAAGAGUCAAAAGUUACCACUUUUUCCUCUAGAGAGCCACAGACUUCUUUCUACUGGAUGGCUUAUAAAUUCCUCUAACCCUGAGAUUCCUCUUGGUUCUCUAACUAAAGGAGGCACUUACUAGCCAGGCUGGGAUCUGUAGAACCUUUGAAGAAGGACUUUGAGCAGGAACUUUGCACAUACCUUAAGUGUCUCCUUGGUUUGUUCGUGACGCUCCUGCUAGGUAGGGCUAAAUGGCAAUACACAUCUCUUUAUUCAAAGUAGAAAGUGAUUAGCUCCUGUAAUUAUUUUCAGGGUGUUUCUAGACUAUAUAAAUGAGCCCAUUGAAAAGGAAGAGCUUGUGAAAGUGGAUGAAGAGGAAUAAGGGUAACUUGGAGAUUAAAUUCCCCUCUUUGUCAGUGUAAUGUUGUUAUGCCAUCUGUA